UCAAUAUUUAAAAUACUUUCUCUCUCUCUCUCUCUCUCUCCACCUCCUCUUCUUCUUCUCCGUCGUUGCGCAACCGCACAGUUUCAUAUCGUUUCACUCUCCUCUCUCUCUCUUUUCCCCAAGUAACGAUUCUACCGCUAUUGCUUGUAUCAGCCCCAACGGUUUCACAGUGUUUAUUUGGUUAGGAAGCGAAAGAAAAGAUAAUAUCUUUUUUUUUUGUUAAUCGGAAUCGGAAUCUCGAAUCUAGGGUUUUAGAGUGGUGGGUGGUUUAAUCUGAUCCAUUGAGAUGGGUAGUAGUAAUGUCGAAAUCCCCAAUUGGCUAAAGGCCAUGCCUUUGGCACCCGUCUUCAGACCCACAGACACCGAGUUCGCAGAUCCCAUUGCUUACAUCUCAAAGAUCGAGAAACAAGCAAGCGCCUUUGGGAUCUGCAAGAUCAUUCCUCCUAUCCCCAAGCCAUCGAAAAAGUAUGUCUUUUGCAACUUGAACAAGUCGCUUCUGAGGUGUCCUGAGUUAGCUUCUGGUGUAGACGUUUCGAAGCGUCUUGGUCAAGAGGAUAGAGCUGUGUUCACCACUAGACAGCAAGAGCUAGGCCAGGCUAGGAAAAAGAGCAGAGGAGGAGAGGGUGGUGAUGUUAAGCAGGUGUGGCAGAGUGGUGGCGUGUAUACGUUGGAGCAGUUUGAGUCAAAGUCGAAGGCUUUUUAUAAGAGUCAGUUAGGGACGGUUAGAGAAGUGUCGCCGGUUGUGGUUGAGGCGUUGUUCUGGAGAGCGGCUUCGGAGAAGCCUAUGUAUAUAGAGUAUGCGAACGAUGUCCCUGGCUCGGCUUUUGGCGAGCCGGAGGGGCAUUUCAGGCAUUUCCGGCAGAGGAAGAGGAGAGGGAGAGGGUUUUACCAGAGGAAGAAUGGUGAGAGUUCGUUGCCUGUUGUGUCUCCGAGUUUAUCAGCUCAAGAUCCAUCCAAGAAGAAGAAUAUGGAUGUUGUUGUUGUUGAUGAAAUGGAAGGUACUGCAGGGUGGAAGCUUUCAAACAGUUCGUGGAACCUUCAGAUGAUCGCACGUUCGCCUGGCUCUGUGACACGCUUCAUGCCGGAUGACAUACCUGGUGUGACGUCUCCCAUGGUUUAUAUCGGUAUGUUGUUCAGCUGGUUUGCCUGGCACGUUGAGGACCAUGAGCUUCACAGUAUGAAUUAUCUUCACACUGGCUCGCCAAAGACUUGGUACGCUGUCCCUGGUGAUUAUGCGCUCGAUUUCGAAGAGGUUAUCCGCAAGAAUUCUUAUGGCAGUAACCUUGAUCAACUGGCUGCUCUCACCCAACUAGGAGAAAAGACAACUCUUGUAUCACCUGAGAUUAUAGUUUCAUCUGACAUUCCUUGCUGUAGGUUGGUACAAAAUCCUGGUGAAUUUGUUGUGACUUUCCCAAGGUCUUAUCAUGUAGGAUUCAGCCACGGUUUUAACUGUGGGGAAGCCGCCAAUUUUGGAACUCCACAGUGGCUCAACGUAGCUAAGGAAGCUGCUGUGCGUAGGGCGGCCAUGAAUUAUCUCCCCAUGUUGUCCCAUCAGCAGCUUCUAUAUCUCUUGACCAUGUCCUUUGUUUCAAGAGUGCCACGCUCGUUGCUGCCAGGUGGUCGUAGCUCCCGGCUGAGAGAUCGACAGAGAGAAGAAAGGGAGUUCCUUGUGAAGAAAGCUUUUGUAGAAGAUAUAUUGAACGAAAACAAGAAUCUAUCUGUUCUACUUGGAGAACCGGGCUCUCGUUUGGUGAUGUGGGACCCUGAUCUACUUCCGCGUCAUAGUGUCCUGGCUCUUGCAGCUACUGGAGUUGCUACCACUCCUGCGGUUUCAUCACCAGCAGAGGCAAAAAGUGAAAUUGAGAAUAAGGAGGAGAACCCUAGUCUUUUAGAGGAAUUGAGUUUGUUCAUGGAGAAGCUGAAAGAUGUGUACUACGACGAUGAUGACGGUCAGCUUAAUGAUUUCCAAAUUGAUUCUGGAACCUUGCCAUGUGUGGCGUGUGGCGUUCUUGGCUUCCCUUUUAUGUCUGUGGUACAGCCUUCUGAAAAUGCAUUAAAAGAUCUCUCAGAGAGACAAGGAGAGAUAGAUGCUCUGGAAGAUAAGGCAGAGUCAUCAGAAAAGUCUAACUGUGAGUGGAACACGUCAUCCAGAUAUAUAAGACCUCGCAUUUUCUGCCUUGAACACACUAUCGAACUUCAGAGACUGCUGCAGUCAAGAGGUGGACUGAAGUUCCUUGUAAUUUGCCAUAAAGACUUUCAGAAAUUUAAGGCGCAUGCGGCUAUAGUGGCAGAGGAAGUGAAAGUCCCUUUCAGAUAUGAUGAUGUCUUGUUAGAGAGUGCGUCUAAAGAAGAGCUGAGUCUAAUUGAUCUUGCAAUCGAAGGUGAAGAAAAUAACGAGUACGGCGCAGACUGGACCUCGAAACUCGGCAUCAACUUACGGUACUGUGUCAAAGUGAGGAAAAAUUCUCCUACUAAUAAGAUUCAGCAUGCGCUGUCUCUAGGUGGCUUGUUCUCGGACUCGAGCCACGUGCUGGAUAUGUCAACUAUCAAAUGGCUGCAGAGGAAAUCACGCUCAAAAGCUAAACCCUGCUCUACUACCUCGGGUUUCACAUCUCGUGAACGUCUUGAGGUAAAAGCAGAGAGAAGAUUAGGGGAGAAAGAAGAAGUUGAAUCACAAGGGGGAAGAAAGGAAGAAAAGAUCAUCCAGUACUCGAGAAAGAAAAAGUUGAAUCCCAAUGCCAAUAGGUCACGUCAUGCUAGUGCAGUUGAUUCUGAGAUGAAUAAUGAGAUUGGAGACUCUGCUGAUCUUACUUCCGUAACCAGAGAGCACCAGGGACACUCUGUGGCCCUAGAACCUAGAACUACUAACGCUAACAGUGAGGAGGAAGAGCAAUCACAGGUGGUGCUACCUACCAAUAGAGAAGCUGUAUCUGAAGAUAUAAGGCACACUGAGCAACAAGAAGAGCAAACACAUUCUUCAGCUCAAGUGGGUUUAGAAGUUUCUGAAACCAACAUUGCUAGUGAGAAGAUAGUUGUGGACAUGGUCCGUGACGAUGACCCUCUGGCAAGCAACGGUGAUGAAGCUUCUUCAAGUGGCUUGCAAGCUGCAGAUGAUGAAAAUAGCAUGGAGAGCGAAGUUGCAAGCUCAGGAAACACCAAGGUUAUCGUGGAAGCAAAGAAGAAGCGGAAAAUAGAAUUAGAGUCUGAGACGAAUGAUUAUCAUCCAGAGAGUAGCAUUGGUUUCAUAAAGAGUCCUUGUGAAGGGUUGAGGUCAAGGGGAAAGAGGAAAGUGACAUGCGAAGAAACUUCAUCCAAUCUCAAUGAAGCGAGCGAUGAAGAGAAGAAACACACUGCGAAAAGGCUCAAGAAAACUCCAAAUACUGGCUCAACGACAACUCAGCACAACCUUUGUUACCAAGAGGGAUGCAAGAUGACGUUCAAGAGCAAAGCGGACUUAGCAGCUCACAAGAGGAACCGAUGCACGCACGAAGGGUGUGGGAAGAAGUUCAGGGCUCACAAGUAUCUGGUGCUUCAUCAGCGCGUUCAUAACGAUGAAAGACCAUUGGCGUGCCCUUGGAAAGGAUGUUCAAUGAAUUUCAAAUGGCAAUGGGCGAGGACUGAGCAUCUGCGUCUGCACACUGGGGAACGACCGUACAAAUGCAAGGUCGAGGAGUGUGGGCUUUCGUUUAGGUUUGUGUCGGAUUAUAGCCGUCACAGACGGAAGACUGGACAUUAUGUGACAUAGAGAUUGUGGGGAUGCAAGAGAGGUUAAAAGAGCCUCUCUCUGUGGAAUUGUUGUAAACUUUAGUUCUGGUUUGUUGUUUUACUUUUUAGUUUGAUUGUCUAGUGUUUUCAUGUCUCUUUCUGUAGUGUUUCAUUUUCAUGAAGGUUGCCUCACACUCUUUUGUUUUUGCUUUGUUUUUUAACUAAGUCACAAUCGGCUUUUAAAAUGUUGUUAAUGUGAA